AUGGAGGGAAGGGAAUCGAAUCGACUCGAAUCGGUUCGAAUCGACUCGAAUCGGUUCGAAUCGGUUCGAAUCGACUCGAAUCGGUUCGAAUCGGUUCGAAUCGACUCGAAUCGGUUCGAAUCGACUCGAAUCGGAUCGAAUCAAGCGGGUAGCUAACAAGAGUCAAGCGGGUAGCUAACAAAAAUUUUUUUAAAAAGUUACAGAUUUGGACAAAUCCAAAAAUGUAAAAAAAAGCUUAGUAAGCCACCCAGAAGCAACUUUAAAGCUAAAAAAAUUGAAAGAAAAUUUUUAACACUGUUAAAAAAGGCUUAGGCUUAGUAACCACCCAGAAGUAACUGUGAAGGCGAAAACCCCAAUUUUUCAUUCCAGAUUUUUAUUAAAAAUUUUAAAAAAAAAUGGAGGGAAGGGAAUCGAAUCGACUCGAAUCGGUUCGAAUCGACUCGAAUCGGUUCGAAUCGGUUCGAAUCGACUCGAAUCGGUUCGAAUCGACUCGAAUCGGAUCGAAUCAAGCGGGUAGCUAACAAGAGUCAAGCGGGUAGCUAACAAAAAUUUUUUUAAAAAAGUUACAGAUUUGGACAAAUCCAAAAAUGUAAAAAAAGCUUAGUAAGCCACCCAGAAGCAACUUUAAAGCUAAAAAAAUUGAAAGAAAAUUUUUAACACUGUUAAAAAAGGCUUAGGCUUAGUAACCACCCAGAAGUAACUGUGAAGGCGAAAACCCCAAUUUUUCAUUCCAGAUUUUUAUUAAAAAUUUUAAAAAAAAUGGAGGGAAGGGAAUCGAAUCGACUCGAAUCGGUUCGAAUCGACUCGAAUCGGUUCGAAUCGACUCGAAUCGGUUCGAAUCGGUUCGAAUCGACUCGAAUCGGUUCGAAUCGACUCGAAUCGGUUCGAAUCGGUUCGAAUCGACUCGAAUCGGUUCGAAUCGACUCGAAUCGGAUCGAAUCAAGCGGGUAGCUAACAAGAGUCAAGCGGGUAGCUAACAAAAAUUUUUUUAAAAAAGUUACAGAUUUGGACAAAUCCAAAAAUGUAAAAAAGCUUAGUAAGCCACCCAGAAGCAACUUUAAAGCUAAAAAAAUUGAAAGAAAAUUUUUAACACUGUUAAAAAAGGCUUAGGCUUAGUAACCACCCAGAAGUAACUGUGAAGGCGAAAACCCCAAUUUUUCAUUCCAGAUUUUUAUUAAAAAUUUAAAAAAAAAAUGGAGGGAAGGGAAUCGAAUCGACUCGAAUCGGUUCGAAUCGACUCGAAUCGGUUCGAAUCGGUUCGAAUCGACUCGAAUCGGUUCGAAUCGGUUCGAAUCGACUCGAAUCGGUUCGAAUCGACUCGAAUCGGAUCGAAUCAAGCGGGUAGCUAACAAGAGUCAAGCGGGUAGCUAACAAAAAUUUUUUUAAAAAAGUUACAGAUUUGGACAAAUCCAAAAAUGUAAAAAAAGCUUAGUAAGCCACCCAGAAGCAACUUUAAAGCUAAAAAAAUUGAAAGAAAAUUUUUAACACUGUUAAAAAAGGCUUAGGCUUAGUAACCACCCAGAAGUAACUGUGAAGGCGAAAACCCCAAUUUUUCAUUCCAGAUUUUUAUUAAAAAUUUUAAAAAAAAUGGAGGGAAGGGAAUCGAAUCGACUCGAAUCGGUUCGAAUCGACUCGAAUCGGUUCGAAUCGGUUCGAAUCGACUCGAAUCGGUUCGAAUCGACUCGAAUCGGAUCGAAUCAAGCGGGUAGCUAA